AUGGAUCCCAACACAACCCCAGCCCUGGAGCCGCCUCCCGGGGAAGUCAGCAAUCUUCACGAUCCAUACUCUCUCCGCGUUUACAUGUAUAUUACAGCGCCCGUGGCGCUGGUUCUUUCAACCGCUGCAGUCCUUCUUCGGGUAUAUACCAAAGCCCGGGUGACACGAAGCGUGCAAUUCGAGGAAUACAUCUUAAUGAUAUGCCAACUCGGAAAUUUCGCUUUCACGGGCCUGAUGAUUUAUGCGGUGCAGGUUGGACAAGGAACCCAUCAAUGGAACAUCUCCAUUGCGAAUGUUCAACGGAUUAUUGAGCUCGCAAACAUAAUAGAAAUCAUAUACUGCCCUACUAUCCUCGGCGCAAAAACCGCAAUGGUAUUGCAGACACGGCGAUUCUUCGUGGUUAGCAACCGCGGGAAGAUAUACUGGCUACACGAAAUCCUACUAUGGACCAAUGUGGCAUGCUACUUUGCCCUGAUGUUGAGUUUCAUCUGUACCUGCAUUCCCCGAAACAAGUUGUGGGAGCCAACAGUUCCGGGGAGGUGCAUAUCGUCCAGCAGCAUUCUCAUCGCUUCGUCUGUUCUCAACGUGCUCUCCGAUGUUGCCAUGCUUCUUCUCCCGCUGUGGGUGGUGAAACAACUUCAGCUUCCUCGCAAAAUCAAAAUAAUGCUCAGUGCGACAUUUGGGACAACAGUCUUAGCCAGCAUAUCAAGCACCUUCAGACUGAUAUAUGGAGUGAAAUUAACUCACACCGAGGACUUCACCUGGGGAAUAAUGCCAAUUGGGCUGUGGGCUGUCGCCGAAAUUGCCAGCAUCAUUAUCGCGAGUUCAUUCCCGAUGCUACCAGGGUUUGUCAAAUACGUCAAAGAUCAGGUGAGGUCCGGUCAAGGACAAUCGUCCUUGACCCGGUCAAAUUACAACGUGUCUGGGCAAGAGCAGGGUCAGAGUGUUGUUUUGAGUAGCACCAAUGGAAAGCGAUUUUCACUCAAGAAAUCUGGUGACCGAAACAGUUAUCGCCAGAUACAUGAUUCCGCUGGUGGGAAUCACAAUACGGGAGAUAUCACCAAAACUAUCCGUAUUGAAACAAAAUCUGACCUGGCAUAA